AUGCAACCAAUAAAUUAGUUGCUUAUCACAAUAGCAAAAAUUUUAGAAGAAAUUUUAAAGGAAACAGAUUCUCUGAGUUUGUAAUAGGCUUCUGUAUUUCAUACAUCACGGGCUCCAUCUAUAUCAAUUCAGAAUUACAUUUAGAGGAUUGCAAAAUAUACACAUUGCAAUAGUGUUUGCUUUGUUUUUGCACUAAUUUAUCUAGAUAAAAUUUAGGAAUUGCACUAAGAUGUAGUGCUUAAUUCAAAUUGUAUUCAUAGGUAUGAUAUUAUAAUUAUGAAUUGAU